AGAACAAGUACGAAACUGAUUUAUAAACCCUUGUUUCAACCAUGCUUAAUUUUAAGCAAUUUCUUAUCAUAUAUCUCUUGUUAUCCGUCGGAUCUCCAUCAAAUAAUCACUCCGCUGAUGACGACUUCGAAGUUAUUCCGAUCAACGAUGGUGCGUUUGGACCCGAGAGCUUCGAUUUCAAUCCAGUUGAUGGUUCGGGUCCAUACACCGGCGUUUCGGAUGGUCAGAUUGUUAAAUUGGUGCAGAGUGAAGGCCACUGGACUGAAUUUGCCGUUACUUCGAUGAACAGGGAGUCAUGUGAUGGGCCAGCGAUGGAGGAAAAAUGUGGACGUCCAUUGGGCUUAAAGUUUCACAAAAGCAGUGGUAUUUUGUACGUUGCAGAUGCAUAUUUUGGACUACUUGAAUUGGGCCCAAAUGGUGGGUUAGCCACUUCACUAGUAUCAAAAGUCCAAGGACUCCCAUUAAAAUUUACCAACGGUAUAGACAUUGACUACACCAAUGGAUUCAUCUAUUUUACAGAUAGCAGUCAGCGUUACACCCGUAGGGAGCACAUGCUUGUCACACUAACAGGUGACAAAACAGGAAGCUUACUAAAAUACAAUAUCGAAAGCAAAGAUGUGACCGUUGUACUUCAUAACCUCACGUUUCCAAACGGUGUGGCAUUAAGUAAAGAUGGAAAUUUUCUUCUCGUGGCAGAGACGACAAAUUGUAGAAUUUUGAGACUUUGGCUUAAAACGCCAAAAGCUGGGAGACUUGAAGUGUUUGCUGAUCUUCCAGGGUACCCCGACAAUAUUAAAAUAAACGAGAAAGGCGAAUUUUGGGUGGCAAUGUAUUCAAGAAAGAGAGAAGUUUUAAGUUGGAUUCACUCAAAUCCUUGGAUUGUAAAUAUUUUGAGUAAGUUUCCAUUUGACCUUGUUAGAUUGAGUUCAUACAUUGUUGGUAAAUUAGGGGGUGAAGGAUUGGCAGCAAAGUUGGGGGUAGAUGGUGAGAUACUGAAUAUCUUGGAGGAUGUAAAUGGUAAAGUAUGGAAACAUGCUAGUGAAGUGAUGGAGAGAGAUGGGUAUUUGUGGAUUGGUUCUGCGGAAAACCCUUUUGCAGUCAAAAUGAAGAUACAGGAAUAAUGGAAUGAGUACUUAUAUAUUUUUAU